AUGGCAGUGGAUAGAAGACCCACCAAGUCAAUGGCACCUGAUCAGGCAGCCUCAAGUAUGACUAGCAGCAGUAGUAAUCAGACCACACCAAAGCAACAGUUCCAAAGUGGACCAAAGGUCUGGGGAAGGAACAAAGAUGUUGGAACUGGAACAGUGAUUGGAUCAUUUCUGAUGAUGCUGUGCACUCCUUUGCUUGUGAUAUACUUUUAUAUUGCAUGUAACUCUUACCAAUGUUCAUUGUCUGCACCAUUGUUUGAAUGGUUCAACAACGAUCUGUCCUUGACACAUCUGAUUGAUUGGACAAUUCGCGAGUUGCCAGUGUUCUCUAUGCACGCCGCCAAGAUCUAUAUCAUCUGGCUGCUGUUCCAAGCCGUGCUCUACACAUUCUUGCCAGCCACCAUUGGUUAUGGCCAGCAGACACCAGCCGGCUACACUCUACCCUACAAAGUCAACGGAUUGUUGGCAUGGGUUGUCAGCCAUGUACUGUACUUUGUCGGUGGAUACCUUGGCCUGUGGAGUCUGGCGAUCGCCCACGACAACUGGGGUGGUCUGCUGGUGAUUGCCAACCUCUAUGGCUACUUCCUGACUUUCUUCAGCUACUUCAAGGCGCUGGUGUUCCCAUCGCAUCCUGAGGACCGCAAGUUCUCCGGCUCGAUCAUCUACGACAUUGUGUUGGGUGUUGAGUUCAACCCACGCUUUGGCAAGUACUUUGACUUCAAGUUGUUCCACAAUGGUCGUCCAGGAAUCGUUGCUUGGACCCUCAUCGACAUGUCCUUUGCCGCAGCACAAUACCAACAAGUUGGCUACAUCACCAACUCCAUGAUCCUGUUGAACAUCCUCCAUGCCACCUACGUUCUAGACUUCUUCUACAAUGAGGAUUGGUACUUGCGCACCAUUGACAUUGCCCACGAUCACUUUGGAUUCAUGCUAGCAUGGGGAGACUCUGUUUGGUUGCCCUUCAUGUACACUCUCCAAUCACAUUACUUGGUGCGUAACCCUAUCGACCUGUCCAUGCCAUACUUCUUGGCAGUGUUGGUGAUUGGCCUGUCAGGCUACGUCAUCUUCCGCUCGGUAAACCAUCAGAAGGACAUUGUCAGAAGGACGAAUGGAAAGUGCCAGAUCUGGGGCAAGCCAGCCAAAGUCAUCAGAACAGAGUUCCUGUGCUCCGAUGGCAAGACCCACCAUUCACUGCUGCUCUGCUCCGGCUUCUGGGGCCUCUCUCGCCACUUUAACUACGUUGGUGACUUGUUGAUCAGCUCGGCCAUGUGUCUGACCUGUGGCUUUGGCCAUCUCCUGCCAUACUUCUACAUCAUCUUCAUGACCAUCCUAUUGCUGCAUCGUAUCGAGCGUGACCAUUCCAGAUGCCGUGGCAAGUACGGCAAGUACUGGGAGAUGUACGAGAAGGAGGUACCAUGGAAGUUGUGUCCCUACAUCUAUUAA